AUGAAUUCGGUAGCUAAACCCUCGGGAAACGUUUUUAAGGACAAGGAGAAGCCUCAGGAGGUUCGUCGCAGUAAUAUUCUGGCGGCUCGUGCCGUGGCAGAUGCCAUUCGAACCUCGCUCGGUCCUAAAGGUAUGGACAAGAUGCUCCAGACUGGCAAGGGAGAGGUCAUUAUCACCAAUGAUGGUCAUACAAUUUUACAGCAUAUGGCAGUGAUGCAUCCUGCUGCUAAGAUGCUGGUUGAUUUAUCAGCUGCUCAGGAUGUUGAAGCUGGUGAUGGUACCACUUCGGUUGUGGUGAUUGCUGGUGCGUUACUUGGUGCUGCUGAACGAUUACUAAACAAGGGUAUCCAUCCUUCAAUUAUUGCCGAAUCUUUCCAAAGAGCAGCUGCUAGAGCCGUCGAAGUUCUGUUAGAAAUGUCACAUAAGAUCUCUUUAAGCGACAGGGAAAAACUGAUUACUGCUGCGUCCACUUCGCUCAACUCCAAAAUCGUAUCUCAAUACUCGUCAUUAUUGGCGCCAAUGGCAGUCGAUGCAGUUCUCAAGGUCAUUGAUCCUGCUACUGCUACUAAUGUGGAUCUCAAAGAUAUCCGUCUUAUCAAGAAAGUCGGUGGUACUAUCGAUGAUACUGAACUUGUGCCCGGUCUCGUGUUGACUCAAAAUGCUGUCAAGAACUCCGGUGGCCCAAGUCGUAUGGAGAAGGCUCGUAUUGGUAUGAUUCAGUUCCAAUUGUCUCCUCCUAAACCUGACAUGGAAAACCAUGUUGUUGUUAAUGAUUAUAGACAAAUGGACAAGAUCCUGAAAGAAGAGAGAACCUAUUUGUUGAACAUGUGUAAACAGAUCAAAAAGGCAAAGUGUAAUGUAUUGUUCAUUCAGAAGUCGAUUCUCCGUGAUGCGGUUAAUGAUCUUUCCCUGCAUUUCCUUUCCAAACUGAAUAUCAUGGUUGUCAAGGAUAUUGAGAGAGAUGAGGUCGAAUUCAUUUGUAAGAGUACUGGCUGUAGUCCUAUUGCCGACAUCGACUCGUUCACUGAAGACAGAUUAGGAUACGCUGAUCUUGUUGAAGAAGUCGAGUCUUCUGGAUCUCGUGUUAUUAAGGUCAGUGGUACUGCUGCUAGCAGUGGAUCUGAUAGUAGUUCCGGUAGCGGCAGCGGUUCUGCCUCUGGUUCGACAUCCACUGUUUCCAUCAUCUGCAGAGGUGCUAACCAGUUGAUUCUCGAUGAAUCCGAGCGUUCUUUGCACGAUGCUCUUUGUGUUAUCCGUUGUUUGGUGAAGGAAAAGGCUCUUAUUGCCGGAGGAGGUGCCCCCGAGGUGGAAAUCGCCCGUGUUCUCACUAAAGAGGCACGAACACUUUCCGGAACCGAGUCGUUCUGCUGGAAGGAGUUUGCCGAGGCACUCGACGUGAUUCCUACAACCCUGGCUGAAAACGCCGGAAUCAACAGCAUCGAGGUCGUCACCGACCUCCGCAACAGACACGAGCAAGGACAGCUCAAUGCCGGCGUCAGCAUCCGUCGCGGCACCGCCAACAUCUACGACGAGCACGUUCUGCAACCGGUUCUCGUCAACAAAAGCGCCAUUACCCUCGCUGCCGAGUGUGUGAAAUCGAUUCUCCGUAUCGACGACAUCGCCUUCAGUCGCUAA